UCAUAAAACAGUUGAAGAUUGCUAACAAUACUGCAACUGUGGCCAUCAACCAGAAAGCUGUGCUGGACCUGCUGUACAAUGAUAAACCUUAACAAAUUCAUUCCUUAUUGGCUCUUUUUGUUUUCUUUAAAUGCAUACGUUACUGCAGAAAAUAUAAAUGUGCCUGUUGUAUAUGGAGCCCUGGGGGAGUCUGUGUAUCUGCACUUCAAUACGACCUUGAAAAGCAGUUUUGAGGUGCAAUGGAAGUGGGGAGUCAAUCGCAUUGCUGUGUUUAAGAAUAACAGAACGGCCUUUGAUAAUCCUUAUAAAAACAGGGCUGAGAUUUUUGCUAAUGGAACCCUCAGACUGGACAGGACUCAGAAAAAUGAUUCAGGAGAUUACUCUGUGGAUGUGUUUAAUACUGAUGGAACUAACAUAUUUAAGGGAAGCAUGCAGGUUUAUAUUCAAGUUACUGCAGAAAAUAUAAGUGUGCCUGUAUAUGGAGCCCUGGGGGAGUCUGUGUAUCUGCACUUAAAUACGAUCUUGAACAGCAGUGUUGAGGUGCAAUGGAAGCGGGGAGUCAAUCGCAUUGCUGUGUUUAAAAAUAGCAGAACUGUCUUCUAUGAUCCUUAUAUAAACAGGACUGGGAUUUUUGCUAAUGGAACCCUCAGACUGGACAGGACUCAGAAAAAUGAUUCAGGAGAUUACUCUGUGGAUGUGUUUAAUACUGAUGGAACUAACAUAUUUAAGGGAAGCAUGCAGUUUUAUAUUCACGAGGCUGUCUCCCAGCCUAUGGUACACUCCACCUGUCUGUCCCAUGGGGAGGUGCUGCUGGUCUGCACAGUGGAUAAAGGAGAUAAUGUUUCAUUUAACUGGAGUUUAGAUGGAGUGCUGCUGAAUCCCAGCCUUGCUUACUUUAGUGAUGAAGAAUAUGUUGUAAUAUUGAAGAAGCAUGUCUCUGGUAAUCUUGUCUGCAUUGCUACAAACCAAGUCAGCACAAACCAGAGUGACUCUGUGAUAUCAAACUGCUCAGGGCCUGUCUCUAAGCCUGUGGUACACUCCACCUGUCUGUCACAUAGGGAGGUGCUGCUGGUUUGCACAGUGGAUAAAGGAGAUAAUGCUUCAUUUAACUGGAGUUUAGAUGGAGUGCCGCUGAAUCCCAGCCUUGCUUAUUUCAGUGAUAAAAAACACAUUGUAAUAUUGAAGAAAAAUGUCACUGGAGAUCUUGUCUGCAUUGCUAAAAACCAAAUCAAUGAAGAGAAGAGUGAUUCUGUGAAGUCAAACUGCUCAGGGGAGGAUAAAGCGAUUCAAGUGAGAUUAGUUUAUGGUUUCCUUGCCUUUGUGAUCCUCACCAUCUUCCCUAUAACUCUUCACUGCAAUUCCUGGAAAUCAAAUAGUAAAGGAAAACAGAGGACUUACUUGGAGAUGAAAAUGAGAAAAAAGGAGAAUGAACGUUUCAUCGAGGAGCAAAUCUGAACACAUGCACGUUUUUCUCAUUCGGGACUGAGCUUACAAUUCAGGAAGAGAUGAGGUGUUUCUUGCUCACAUAAUACCAGUACAAUAGCUGUAUUCUUCUUUCAAAAUGAGCCUUUACCUUUGCAGUUGGUUUCUCUAAUAUAUAUAUACAUAUAUACUGUAUUUUAAAAAAAAAAAUUUAUCGACAACUAUAAAACUAUAACUCAGCAGACCAAACCAGGUAGCUGGUAGUAAUAACCGUUUACCUUCGUUCUUGCAAUACAACACACUUUAAUACCUACAUAAAAUAAAACAAUACAAAUAAUGAUAAUAGAAAUAACAUACAAUAAUGAGCUGCAACUCACCCUGUAGGAAUUACAUUGCCUGUGUUAUGCAUUAUAAAUCAUGCAUGAGAAAUCAACCAAUCACCUUUAAGGAUUUUUCAACAUUCCUGAGGACAAUAUCAUUUUUGUAUUUUCUAGUAAGUUCAUAAGUUGGACAGCAAUCAAUUUAGAAUAUAUUACUGCUGAAAUCUUAAGAAAGCUAUUGUAAUUAUUGUAAAUAGUAUUGUAAGCUAUGAAUUUAAUCUAUAACCACUUCCACAUGUGAUCAGAGUGGUUAAGCUGAUUUUUCAAUAGCAUUGGCUUUUUAUAUUGAUGCUAUAAAUUGUUUAAGUAUUAUUGCAUUGUUUUCAGUGCAUGUGAGUUCAAUGUAAGUUAAACAUCUACUUAAUGUUUUAUAAAGUUUAUUUUGCUUUUUUACUGCCCAUUGUUAAUGAAUGUGUGAUUACUGUUGACUGCUGUAUCUCUGUAUUUCCCCUUACUGUAUUAUUGCAAAUAAUUAUACAUUUGUAUUGUUUGUGUACCACAAUUAAAAGAUGCCUUUGUAAUCUGUAA